AUGUUUAUUGCUUGUAAUGUAAAAUAUUUAGGUAUUGGUAAAUUUUCUUCAUUGAAAUUUGAUACAAUUAAAUCAAAAUUAUUUGAAAAUGAAAAUGAAUAUCAUAAUGAAAAUGUUCCACCAAUAAAUGUUCAUCUUGAUUUUCCUAAAAGUGAAUUAUCACCAUCACUACCACCACCAUUUAUUAAUUUACAUGUUCCACGAUCGCUUAUUAACAAUUGUUAG